AUGAAGAUUGCAGGAAAGACAAACUCGAUCACUGGCCAAUCUUCCAUGAGAAAAGAAGAAGAUGCAAAUAUGGAGCUUGCCAUUCAGCAUCGCGGCGAGCACGCAAGCCAUUCAGCAUCGCCGAGAGCGCGCAAGUCAUUCAGCAUCGCCACGAGCACACAAGCCAGUCAGCAUCGCUGCGAGCACACCAGCCAUUCAGCAUCGCCGCGAGCACGCAAGCCAUUCAGCAUCGCCGCGAGCACGCAAGCCAUUCAGCAUCGCCGAGAGCGCGCAAGCCAUUCAGCAUCGCCACGAGCACACAAGCCAUUCAGCAUCGCCGCGAGCACGCAAGCCAUUCAGCAUCGCGGUGAGCACGCAAGCCAUUCAGCAUCGCGGCGAGCACACCAGCCAUUCAGCAUCGCCGCGAGCACGCAAGCCAUUCAGCAUCGCCGCGAGCACGCAAGCCAUUCACCAUCGCCACGAGCACACCAGCCAUUCAGCAUCGCCGCGAGCACGCAAGCCAUUCAGCAUCGCCGCGAGCACGCAAGCCAUUCACCAUCGCGGCGAGCACGCAAGCCAUUCAGCAUCGCCGAGAGCACGCAAGCCAUUCAGCAUCGCCACGAGCACACAAGCCAUUCAGCAUCGCCGCGAGCACGCAAGCCAUUCAGCAUCGCCGCGAGCACGCAAGCCAUUCAGCAUCGCCGCAAGCACGCAAGCCAUUCAGCAUCGCCGCGAGCACGCAAGCCAUUCACCAUCGCGGCGAGCACGCAAGCCAUUCAGCAUCGCCGAGAGCACGCAAGCCAUUCAGCAUCGCCGAGAGCACGCAAGCCAUUCAGCAUCGCCGCGAGCACGCAAGCCAUUCAGCAUCGCCGAGAGCGCGCAAGCCAUUCAGCAUCGCCGCGAGCACGCAAGCCAUUCAGCAUCGCCGAGAGCACGCAAGCCAUUCAGCAUCGCCGCGAGCACGCAAGCCAUUCAGCAUCGCCGAGAGCACGCAAGCCAUUCAGCAUCGCCGCGAGCACGCAAGCCAUUCAGCAUCGCUGA